AUGUCGAGACCCGAGCUGUCAUCAGUCUCCCUUUCAUCUGCAGCUUCCCCGUUGCCGGGCGAGGCGUACCUGCGAGGUCCGCGCUACAAUUUCGGGCUCCAGGAGAGCCCUCAGAGCUGCGCGCCGGCCUGGGCCUCGGCCGCGGCCUCCAGCCCGCCCGGCACGUCUGGGGUCACGUCUGGGGUGGUCGGCGACCGCAGCAGGAGCAGCAGCAGCAGCCGCCCGCCCCGGGGCGCGGCCUGGCCCCCGCGAGGCUCAAACUUGGGAAGCAAAAGAUCCUAUGCAGCAAACACAGUUCCAUCCAAUUUUACUUUUGGUACAAGUUCAUCUUCUGCACAAGACACUAAUUAUCCACAAGUGAUUAAAACUCCGUUGACUGCUGGAAAUCCUCAGAGAUCAGGUUACAAAAAUUGGACACCACAAAUAGGACACUCAGCCACAUCCUCUUCUGGAGUUUCUGCACACUCUCCAUCAGUUAUUGUAGCUGUGGUUGAAGGAAGAGGACUUGCCAGAGGUGAGAUAGGAAUGGCAAGCAUUGACUUAAAAAGCCCACAGAUUAUAUUAUCUCAGUUUGCAGACAACACAACUUAUGCCAAGGUGAUCACUAAGCUGAAAAUUUUAUCACCUUUGGAAAUAAUAAUGUCAAAUACUGCAUGUGUUGUGGGAAAUUCAACCAAGUUGUUUACUCUGAUCACAGAAAAUUUCAAGAAUGUUAACUUCACAACUAUCCAGAGGAAAUACUUCAAUGAGACAAAAGGAUUGGAGUACAUUGAACAACUAUGUAUAGCAGAAUUCAGCACUGUCAUAAUGGAAGUUCAAUCCAAGUAUUACUGCCUUGCAGCUGUUGCAGCUUUGUUAAAAUAUGUUGAAUUUAUUCAAAAUUCUGUUUAUGCACCAAAAUCGCUGAAGAUUUGUUUCCAGGGUAGUGAACAGACAGCCAUGAUAGAUGCAUCAUCAGCUCAAAACCUUGAGUUGCUAAUUAAUAAUCAGGACUCCAGGAAUAAUCACACUCUCUUUGGUGUUUUGAACUACACUAAGACUCCUGGAGGGAGUAGAAGACUCCGUUCUAAUAUAUUAGAACCGCUUGUUGAUAUUGAAACUAUUAACAUGAGAUUAGAUUGUGUUCAAGAACUACUUCAAGAUGAGGAACUGUUUUUUGGACUUCAGUCAGUUAUAUCAAAAUUCCUUGAUACAGAGCAGCUUCUUUCUAUUUUAGUCCAAAUUCCAAAACAAGACACGAUUAAUGCAGCUGAAUCGAAGAUAACAAAUCUAAUAUAUCUAAAACAUACCUUAGAACUUGUGGAACCUUUAAAGAUGACUCUGAAGGACUGUAGUACAACUUUAUUAAGAGCUUACUAUGGCUCCUUGGAAGACAAGAGGUUUGGGAUCAUACUUGAGAAGAUCAAAACAGUGAUCAAUGAUGAUGCAAGAUAUAUGAAAGGAUGUCUGAAUAUGAGGACUCAGAAGUGCUAUGCUGUGAGGUCUAACAUAAAUGAAUUUCUUGAUAUUGCUAGGAGAACCUAUACAGAGAUUGUAGAUGACAUAGCAGGAAUGAUAUCACAACUUGCAGAAAAGUACAGUCUUCCUCUAAGGACAAGUUUUAGCUCCGCUCGAGGAUUUUUCAUUCAGAUGACUACAGAUUGUACAGCACUCCCCAGUGAUCAACUUCCUUCAGAAUUUAUCAAGAUUUCUAAAGUGAAAAAUUCUUAUAGCUUCACAUCAGCAGAUUUACUUAAAAUGAAUGAAAGAUGCCAAGAGUCUUUGCGAGAAAUUUAUCACAUGACUUACAUGAUAGUGUGUAAACUUCUUGGUGAGAUAUAUGAACAUAUUCAUUGCUUAUAUAAACUCUCCGACACUGUGUCAAUGCUGGACAUGCUACUGUCAUUUGCUCAUGCCUGUACUCUUUCUGACUAUGUUCGGCCAGAGUUUACUGAUACUUUAGCAAUCAAGCAGGGAUGGCAUCCCAUUCUUGAAAAAAUAUCUUUGGAAAAACCUGUUGCUAAUAAUACCUAUAUUACUGAAGGAAGUAAUUUUUUGAUUAUAACUGGACCAAAUAUGAGUGGAAAGUCCACAUAUUUAAAACAAAUAGCUCUUUGUCAGAUUAUGGCCCAGAUUGGUUCAUAUGUUCCAGCAGAAUAUUCUUCCUUUAGAAUUGCUGAACAGAUCUUUACAAGAAUCAGUACUGAUGAUGAUAUUGAAACAAAUUCAUCAACAUUUAUGAAGGAAAUGAAAGAGAUAGCAUAUAUUCUACAUAAUGCUAAUGACAAAUCGCUCAUAUUAAUUGAUGAACUUGGCAGAGGUACUAAUACAGAAGAAGGUAUUGGCAUUUGUUAUGCUGUUUGUGAAUAUCUGCUGAGCUUAAAGGCAUUUACAUUGUUUGCUACACAUUUCCUGGAGCUAUGUCAUAUAGAUGUCUUGUACCCUAAUGUAGAAAACAUGCAUUUUGAAGUGCAGCAUGUAAAGAACACUGCAAGAAACAAAGAAGCAAUUUUGUAUACCUAUAAACUUUCUAAAGGACUUACAGAAGAAAAAAAUUAUGGAUUAAAAGCUGCAGAAGCAUCAUCACUUCCACCCGAAAUUAUCUUGGAUGCCAGAGAAAUCACAACUCAAAUUACAAGACAAAUUUUGCAAAACCAUAGGAGUACUCCUGAGAUGAAAAGACAGAGAGCUGUGUAUCAUCUAGCUACUAGACUUGUUCAAACUGCUCGAAAUUCUCAGUUGGAUCCAGACAGGUUGCGAGUCUAUUUAAGUAAUCUCAAGAAGAAGUAUGAAGAAGAUUUUUCCCAGGAUGAACAAGUUCCAGAACAGACUGAAGAAUAA